GCCCCUCCUCCCUAUGACGUCAUGGGUUGUUUACAAAAUCUGAAAUCCAAAAAUGCCGCGCGUCAAGGAAGAGGAAAUGCUGCAGCUCAUCAUUAAAUACAUUGAUGUGCUAGAAUACCCAGGCAUGGAGACCCUAGAACCAAGCUGGGUGCAGUCAGUACUCCUCAUGGCAGGGGGUCGGAGGCUGAAUCUGCUCAUGUGGGUCCUAGAGCAGUUCUCUCCUGCAGAGGCUGUAGAAGUGCAAGCAUUGCCCCAGACGCUGCAGAUGCAAAGAAUACUUCAGACGCUGUCCGCUCUGGGGGUUUGCCGUCCGGGAGAUGCAGAGGUAAUUGAGGGCAAUGCGCCGCCAGGGACCCAGUACAAGUUUUGGCUAGGAUGCCUGGAGAGCAUUUACAACCUUCGCCGAUUCCCGCCCCUCCCUGCACACCAGCAGUCCGAGUCUUAUGCUGCCGAUAGCCUUAUGGACCAGAUGUCCCAUUCACCGCAUUUGCAGUUAAUUCUGAAGGAAGGUGGUGUGAACGUAGUCCCAGGUGACCAGAGGGAAAAAUACCGUGCUUGGUGUAAAUACGGCCAGCGCAUUCCCAUUUCUGAGCUGCUGGGUGAGACGGAAGAGAAGCUCAAGGAGUGCCAGAAAAUGUACGAUGCUAUGGACAACAGAUGGAAGGCUGAAUCGUCCUCAGACCCAAAAGAACUUCCGACCAAAGUGUGCAGCAGCAUAGCGAUUUUGGCAAACAGCAAGAACUACUGCAAGCAGUUGGAGCUGCCCAACACUGGUCCACUCAUUCAUGAAGCCAAUACAAAACUGGCAGCGCUAACCAAGUGGGUGGAUACAGGUUUUGGUCUUAAAGGCGACACAGGAUGCGUCCAACAUAUGUGA